AUGACCAUAGUUGACAAAGCUUCUGAAUCUUCAGAGCCUUCAUCCUAUCAGAACCAGCCUGGCAGCUCUGAGCCAGUCCCACCUGGAGACAUGGAGGCAGGGUCUGCCAGCUGGGGUGCUGUGUCCUCACUAAAUGAUGUUUCAAACCACACGCUUGCUUUGGGACCAGUGCCUGGUGCUGUAGUGUAUUCAAGUUCAUCUGUACCUGAUAAAUCAAAACCAUCACCACAGAAGGAUCAAGCCCUAGGUGAUGGCAUUGCUCCUCCACAAAAAGUCCUUUUCCCGUCUGAGAAGAUCUGUCUUAAGUGGCAGCAAACGCACCGAGUCGGAGCCGGGCUCCAGAAUUUGGGCAACACUUGCUUCGCCAAUGCAGCGCUGCAGUGCCUCACGUACACGCCGCCUCUCGCCAACUACAUGCUCUCGCACGAACACUCCAAGACGUGUCAUGCAGAAGGAUUUUGUAUGAUGUGUACAAUGCAAGCACAUAUCACCCAGGCACUCAGUAAUCCUGGGGAUGUUAUUAAACCCAUGUUUGUCAUUAAUGAGAUGCGGCGUAUAGCUAGGCACUUCCGUUUUGGAAACCAAGAAGAUGCCCACGAAUUCCUUCAAUACACUGUUGAUGCUAUGCAGAAAGCGUGCCUGAACGGCAGCAAUAAAUUAGACAGACACACCCAGGCCACCACGCUUGUUUGCCAGAUAUUUGGAGGCUACCUAAGAUCGAGAGUGAAAUGUUUAAAUUGCAAAGGCGUUUCAGAUACUUUUGACCCGUAUCUCGAUAUAACACUGGAGAUCAAGGCCGCUCAGAGUGUGAACAAGGCGCUGGAGCAGUUUGUGAAGCCGGAGCAGCUGGACGGCGAGAACUCGUACAAGUGCAGCAAAUGUAAAAAGAUGGUUCCAGCUUCAAAGAGAUUCACCAUACACAGAUCCUCCAAUGUUCUCACACUUUCUCUGAAACGCUUUGCAAAUUUUACCGGUGGAAAAAUUGCUAAGGAUGUAAAAUAUCCUGAAUAUCUUGAUAUUCGACCAUACAUGUCUCAACCAAAUGGAGAACCGAUUAUUUAUGUUUUGUAUGCAGUACUGGUACACACUGGUUUUAACUGCCACGCCGGCCAUUACUUCUGCUACAUAAAGGCGAGCAAUGGUCUUUGGUAUCAGAUGAACGACUCCAUCGUAUCUACCAGUGAUAUCAGAUCGGUACUCAGUCAACAAGCGUAUGUUCUCUUUUAUAUCAGGUCCCAUGAUGUGAAAAAUGGAGGUGAACUCACUCAUUCCGCCCACAGCCCCGGCCAGUCCUCUCCCCGACCCAUAACCAGUCAGCGCAUCGUCAAUAACAAACAGGCCGUGUCAGGGUUCAUCGGACCGCAGCUUCCUUCCCACACGAUAAAGAACCCUCCUCACUUGAACGGGACCGGACCCUUGAAAGAAAUGCCCAGCAGCUCCAUGUCGAGUCCCACUGGGAACUCCACCGUCAGCAGGGCUGGUGCUGCUAACGCUCCCGCUUCUGUUCAGAACUGGUCAGUUGCCAGGGCCUCCGUUGCCCCGGAGCAUCCCAAGAAACAAAAAAUCACCAUCAGUAUUCACAACAAGCUCCCUGUCCGCCCAGGUCAGUCUCAGCCCAACCUUCACAACAAUUCUUUGGAGAACCCUACCAAGCCCGUCCCCUCUUCUACCAUUACCACUUCUUCUGCAAUACAGUCUACCUCGAGUGCACCCACCACGUCACUUCCCAGUAAGGUCCCAAAGCAGACGGCCCCGAGCGAGUCCUGCUCCAAGCCCCUGGUGAACGGCAAGUCCAAGCUCAGCGCCAGCAUCCUGGUCCCCUACGGCGCCGAGUCGUCGGAAGAGUCCGACGAGGAGGCCAAGGGCCUCGGCAGGGAGAACGGGCUCGGCCCCGCCAAGAGCGCGGCCUCUCGUGCUCUGGACGCUGAGGACGCCGAGGCCUCCCCGCCCCAGCUCCCCGAGCCUGUGACUGUCAGUGCGGACGCCAGCGCGGACAGCGGCCCCAGGGAAAACGGCCUGUCCGCGGGCAGCGCCAGCUGCCCAGUCCAGCCUGCCCUGCACUCGGAAAGCCCCUUCGAGAAGGCCAGCGGCCUCCCUGGCCAGUUGAUGCCCGCUCCUUUGCCGCCUCUUCUGGAAGACACAAUCUUAGAGACUUUCAAAUUCGGCCACACAGGGAAAGGCCCGGCAGAGGAGACCAGUGCGCCUGGAGCAGACGGAAGCCAGACCGAGCGCCCUGAGGCAGGACCGGAGCCUGGCAGCCCCACGCCUGACUCCCGGGAGGAGCUGGAGCCGGCCCCGGGGCCGAGCGGCAGAUCGCAGACGGCCUCGCCGCUCCCGGACCCCAGCACCACGGCCACCGAAGAGCAGGCCUCUGGAAGCGGCUCGGCGAAGCCGGAGGAGCCUGUGUCCGGAGCCCCCCCGCUCUGCAGCGCCGGCAAGAGCAGCGCUGGGGACGACCACCCUUCUCAGCCGCGCGGCCCCGGGGACUCCCCCGAGGACGAGAGCCGAGCGGCCCAGGACACGGCAGGGGCGGCAGGGGCGCUCCCGGACAGCCCCCGGGGCUCGGCCGCAGCGGAAGCCGCCGGGAGGUCGAGCCCGAGUCCCCCGGCACCUCCCGAGGGUGCCGGUGAGCAGGAGCCCCCGGUUCCCGGCAGCCGGGACCAGGGCCCCGCUGCGGAGGCCGCUCCUCAGGUCCCAGACGUUCCUCAGGCCUCCGGGGCGCCUGCAGAGGAGCCCUCCUGCCAGGGGGACAGAGUCGCCACGGAAAACCAUUCGGAGGGGCUGGGGGCUCCCCAGCAGAGCCCCGCGGAGCCGGGCGACGAGCGCCAGGCGGGGCAGGCGGGCCCGGCCCGGUCCCCGGCGAAGGAGAAGAUGGGCAGCCUCCGGAAGGUGGACCGAGGACAUUACCGCACCCGGCGGGACCGCUCCUCCAGCGGGGAGCACGUGCGGGACAGCCGGAGCCAGACGGAGGACCGCCACCGCCGGCGGCGCUCCUACACGCGGGAGCGCGCCCCGCAGGGCCGGCCCCGGCCGGAGCGCUGCAGCGGCGGCCCGCACCACGCCUGCGAGCACCGCGGCCUGGCCCGCCACCGCCACCGCCACGCCCGCAGGGGCGGCUCCCACCAGGCCUGGCGGUCCCACCACUCGGAGAGCGAGCACGCCUGGGGCCGGGACAAGUACCACCCGGACCGGGCGCGGUGGGACCGGUGCCGGUACUACCACGACAGGUACGCGCCGUACCCGGCCAGGGAGGCGUGGGAGUGGAGGCCCCUGCACGGCGACCGGGACUAUGGCCGAGACCACGACCGCGUGGGCCAGUACGGCGGCCGGCCGCACAAGGACUACAGAGGCAGGAAGGGCCACGAGCUGGCUGCCAGCGAGAGGGACCGGCACCACCCCGGCGGCCCCCCGGGGCCCCCCCACGCCCCGCCGCCCCGCCCCGAGAAGCACGCCGACAAGACCGCACUCCCCGACGGCAGCAGCGGCCGCCUCGCCGACCGCUCUCACGGCCACGGAAAUGCGAAGCCCCACAAACGGAGGUGCGGCAGCGGGGAGCAUAGCGGCCCCCCCACAGAGGGGAAAGCCCGGAGGAGCACGCAGCGGGGCCCUUCGGAGGAGCCCAAAGCGAAGAAGCACAAAAAGUCAAAGAAGAAAAAGAAAUCCAAAGACAAGCACCGGGAGCGCGACUCCAGGCAUCAGCAGGACUCGGACCUCUCGGCAGCAUGCUCCGAUGCUGACCUCCACAGACACAGGAAAAAGAAGAAGAAAAAGAAGAGACACUCAAGGAAAUCAGAGGACUGUGGGCGAGACUCAGGGCUGCACUUAGCGAAGGCCGCCAGCUCCGAGGCUCUUGACCGUUUCCGGAGAGCCGACGGCAGUCCCCGCCUCACCGACGGCCUGCCUCUGGAAGGCGUCGGACCUUUCCGUGAGAAAACAAAACGCUUAAGGAUGGAGAGCAGGGAUGACAGGUGUCAUCUGUCCGAGUGUGGCCAGGGUGACUGA